GUGUUUUGCAUUACUUCUGUUAUUGAUUGUAAUUCAAUAUCAAUAUCCAUUCAUAAGGGUAUUUUUGUGUGUAACUGUAUGUAUGGCAGUUCAGUCAUCGACGAGUUGUCAUAAAAAAGUUUCGCUUCAACUGUGAAAAAGAUACUCUUGGAUACUACAUGUAAUCAUAACUAAUCUACUAAAUUUUGCAAAGUGAUUCACGUAUGGAGGCAUGUAUUUGUCAAAAUAUAGCCAACAAAAUCAAUACGUUUUCUUGGUAACUAGCGUUAGUUUAGCUGGUAAAAAUUUUUAUUUUGUAUCGCAACUAAAUUUUUACAUGUCCGACUGCUUGAAGUAAGAAACCAGAGUGCAAUUACUGCAACAUAAAUGUUUUUCAAAAAAACUGCAUAGCAAAAUGUCUCAUUUCGCGGUAAGCGCGGAGCUUAUUCAAGCGAAACUAGUGUCCUUGAGCGGCUUGAGAUUCGAAGACAAUAAUGGAAACACAAUCACAAUUGAACCCGGAAUGACGGUACGGAUUAUGGAGCAACCAUCGGCGAAACUGGCAAUAGUAUGCAUCAAGGACUUUUAUAGCUCAGACGACAAAAAGUACGAUGAACCACGGUUUCAGUGCCAACAAUCAUCUCUGAUUCCUGUAACGGAUGAUGUAUGGCCCUACGUAAUAGCUAUUCUAGACCCACAAGAACGGCUUGAUUUCGUCAAACAACCCAAGCGUUUAGAUCAAGUUAAACAGCUUCGAACGGAAAACUUCGUGAAGGUUUCCGGUCGUGCCUUCGGCCUGCCAGAUAUGAAAUAUGAAUGCAUCAUUCGUUAUAUAGGUACUGUACAAGAGAUAGGACCAGGCUAUUAUCUAGGCAUGGAAAUGACGGACCCGAAUGACGGUGAAUCGCCUCAGAAAGAUGACCUAUUAUUUGUAUCUAAAUACAUGCAAUCGUCGCCACCACAAUCGUCCUUUAUCCUUGCAGCAAAUUGGCUUGAACUAAACGAUUUUGGUAGUUCCAAUAACUUCAAACAUUCCAAAAAAACUUUCAUUGAUGGUUUGUUCUGUGGUGCAAAAGAUCAGAUAAAUUUAAAACUAAAAAAACGCAGCGGAAAACGAAAUCUAGAAUCAUAUAAAGCUGCAAGUGAUUCUCGCAACGAUCAUUCGAUACGAUCGUUUACACCUGAACCGGGAGGUCAUAAUCGAAACUCGGUUGAUUUUUCUUUGAACAAACUGCAAAUGGACCAAAGGAAUCAGAAAAGAAUGGCAGCAUCUGUAUCCAGUCCAAACCUUUCUAAGCAAGACAGCAGUAGUAGCACAGGUAGCUCUAGUAGAAUAAACAACAGUCAUCCUAUUGAUCGUAUGAAUGAAGAAUUACGAUUUGUCGAUAGUCAAACGGAGGACAGUCACCGUUCAGGAAAAAGCUCCCAAAAUAGUUCCAACAAUAGUACAUUGGUAUUAUCAAAAUCACGUAAGAAAUCACCUAAACAAAGCACUUUUAUGAGCUUAGAGGAUCGAGACAUCGUUGUCAUUGAUAAAAGUGACAUUAAAGAAGCAACAAGUAGUGAAAGUGACGUGAUAAUAGUUGAUCCUCCAGCAACUCUAUCAGAAUUUCCGGAUCAAACUUAUGUUGAUUUCAAAGACCUUGUGGGAAAUAGUUGGCCCGUUGCCGCGGGAGAAGUGGCCACAAUUUUGAAUAGUGAUAAGAAAAAGCAAACAUACUCGAACAAUGUUUCAAAUGGUUCGAACAUCGGGGGAUACAGCAGUAGUAGCAGUAACAGCACAAAUAGCAAUCAGCUUACUGGUAAAUAUGAACGCAACAGAUCAUUUAAUCCGUUGAGUCAUAUAGGGAACUCAAAGCCAGCGGAUAUAUCCCGGAAAAAAGAACAAAAGAUUAUGGUUGAUGCAACUACUAUGGCAAAACCUAACGAUGGAUUGUUACAAACUCUUGAUAAUAGUAACAACAUACCUCAUACCUCGUCAUCCCAGUCGGACUCAUCGGAUGUGGCUAUACAACCGUCGCCGUUAAAGGAGGUACCGGAUAACCCUAUCCUUGAAAUAGGUUCAAUGGUCGAAGUUGGUAUUGAAAAUAUAGAUUUGCAUGGUGUUAUUCGAUGGAUAGGGCCGCUACACAGUCCGGGAACAAGUAGUAGUAACACUCGUGUUAUGGUUGGUGUAGAACUGGAAGAUGACCAGGUAGAUUCAACCGUUGAGACUACAGACGGCGUUUAUAAUGGCGUCAGAUUAUUCAAAUGCCCAUCGAAUCGAGCGAUAUUUGUGUAUCCAUUACAAUGUAACCUAGACCGACGCUUUCAAGACUUUGAACCGACCUCACCAAUUCCUCCGAAAGUUGUUGCUUCAACAUCAAAAUCGGAUGCAACGUUAUUUGGUAAAGUGGAUUGUCCUGUUGUAGAGGGUGCUGUGCCACCAUUGAACAUUAUAUCGCAAGAUGAUUUGGAAGCAAUUUGUGGACAGUUUAAAGGAAUUCAGGGUCAUCACAAUUCAUGCUAUUUGGACGCUACACUUUUCGCUAUGUUUACAUUCACUAGUGUAUUCGAUUCGUUAUUGUUUCGACCACGGGAACCUGAGGAUAACCUUGGAUAUGAAGAAGUGCAGAAAGUGCUUAGAGAGGAAAUUGUUAAUCCAUUAAGAAAAAAUCACUUUGUCCGAGCAGAUCGAGUAAUGAAAUUACGACAGUUGCUGGACCGACUCAGUUCCGUUACCGGAUUAACCACCGAAGAGAAGGAUCCAGAAGAGUUUCUUAAUAGCCUGUUAGCGCAGAUAUUGCGAGCGGAUCCCUUUUUAAAACUAAGCUCAGGUUUGGACACAUUUUACUAUCAACUUUUUGUGGAAAAAGAUGACCAGUUGAAACUUCCCUCGGUGCAGCAACUAUUUGAUCAAAGCUUCCUUACAUCGAACAUAAAACUGAAGGAAGUGCCAUCCUGUUUAAUUAUUCAGAUGCCCCGAUUUGGGAAGAAUUUCAAGAUGUAUUCGCGAAUACUACCCUCGCAAGUCCUUGACGUUACGGAUAUAAUUGAAGAUUCUCCACGGCAGUGUACAGUGUGUGGAAAGCUUGCAGAUCAUGAAUGUCGCGAAUGCUUCGGAAUGAUGCAGGGCGGCGUAGGGUUGGAAAGCACUGCAUUCUGCAAGAAAUGUCUUGAUACUGCACACUCUCAUAAUAAACGACAAAAUCAUAAACCAAUUCCAUUGACAGUGCCAAAGGAUUUCGAGUCUAUGGCUGAACACUGUCCUGUUCCACGACUUUUCAUGGAAUUAUUUGCCGUCGUAUGUAUAGAGACGUCUCACUACGUUGCUUUUGUAAAAUCAGCUUCCGGACAGGAUGCGCCAUGGGUAUUUUUCGACUCCAUGGCCGAUAGAAGAGGCGAACAAAAUGGGUACAACAUUCCGGAGAUGAUUCCGGUUCCUGAUUUACCACAUUGGCUAUCUGAAGAUGGCGCACGCCAGCUAAAUGAAACAGCAAUCAAUGAUAGAAUGUUACCGGAACAUGCGAAACGGUUGCUCUGUGAUGCAUAUAUGUGUAUGUAUCAGAGCACAGACGUGAUGAUGUACCGUUAGGAGUAUCACUAUAUUCCACCUUUUCCUUACCAUUUUAAAAUCCCUUAUCAAACUCUUACCUCCCUGAACAUUACAUACCUUGGUGUACCUAUAAAUGAACAUAUAUUCUUACGAAAUUAUAGUUUCACUCUAUUAGAAGUGAAUGCAGUGAAAGAAAUUAAGGUUUUUCGAUGAUGAAUUUGAAAAAAAAUAUUUACAUGGUACCUAGAUACAAACUUUAACCGAAAAUUUCCCAAAAAGGUUAUAAAUUUGGUGAAUGCAAUACACAAAACAACAAGUUCAAAAGUAUAACGCAAAUAAAAAAAAGUGAAAAGACAAAACUGUGAACAUCAUAAAAAUAUUUAUGCCAGCUUGUUGUAGAAUAAUUGUGGUCAUUACUAGCUAAGAUUACUAUAUAUGUUUGCCAAUCUUAAAACAGUAGGAUUCUAUUCCGUAAACAUACUUGAAAAACUAAUAACAACAAAAACGCAACAGUAGCUUUAAUUAAAAUUUAGUCGGGAGCAAGCAAUGGUGAAACGGUUUGUUGUAUUGAUUGUUGUCCGCGAUCUCAGAGGCUGUUUGAUUCAAACUAGAAUUUACAACAAAGAAAAACUAUUGCUUAAUGAGUUUUGCGUAAUUCAAUGUUGAGAUUUAUGACAAACUAUUGGUACUAAGCAAGUAGACAGUGGAUGCUUUACACUCCUCCGCUUGUGACCGGAAUGGAACAAGCAAAUGUUAUGCAAAUAAAUAUCAUUUAUUAAAUGGACUAAACAAUGCUUCAGGAAGAGCAAUUUGUGGCAAAGCAAGUAUAAUAAAGCUAUUUAGUCUGUUUUACAUCGAAAACAAUGCAAUAUUAUUCGACAACUAAAGGAUAGUCUGACCAAUAACAUUCCGAAGAAACUGUGGUAUGUUGUAUACAUUUUGAAAUGAUUUGAACCUGAACAAAAUAUUAAACUACAUUCCAGAUACGGACAAAUAACACACCAACGAAGCGCAUGUAUUGUUAAAAACUACACUAAAUCAUUUCAAACUGUUUACAGCUUAAAUGCUACAAAUAAAUCUUAGUUUAUUUGUCAAUUUGAAUAUACAGUCUUACCAAAUGUUCAUGCGACCACCAAUACAAAGGCGAGCAAAUGAAAA